ACGCUCGGGUACUCUUGGUGCUCCUCGUAGCAGUCAGGAUAUGAGCAAGGAGCAGCAGCUUGAGGCGGAAGUCGCGGAACUUAGGGCCGAGUUGAAGAUUGCCAAGGUGGAUCUUCAAGCAGCCAGAGAACAGCGCCAACAAUUCGAAUCAAUUAGUCAGGCUGCUGAAGCCGCACUCGAGAGCUUGCAGUCUACUCAUGAACAGUACAGGACUACAACGGAAGCUCAGUUCACGAGACUCGAGUCAGAGAACAAGGCCUUCCAAGAGAAGUUGGAGGCAGCUCAGCAAAGGCGCCAUACAGGCUGCCGCCCAACUGAACGAACUUCAAAAGACAUUCGAAAUUGAACGAACUGCUUGGACGAACGACAAGAAAACUCUGGAAGAGACUAUAAUCGAUUUGAGCACUUCCGAGAAACACUCCGAGAGCGACCGUACAAGUCGUGAGCAGGAAGUUCGUUUACAAGAGGAGCGUGCUAAGGUAUACUUACUGGUUCCAAUAAUAUUCUCUCGUACUUACUUCCCUCAAAGGCUGCUGAGGAGCGCUAUUCAAAUGAGUUGGUUGCACAUGCCGAAUCUAGGAAGGCUAUCGAAGCUCUGAACGCACAACUAGCCACCUCCCAAGCGGCGGUUCGUGACAGCCAGGUUGCAGCUGACACAGCGACCGCUAAGCUGGCUGCCUCAGAGAGGA